AUGUGGCUGCUGCUGGGUUUCCGACCUCUGUAUUCGCGUAUGAUUACUGUUGACGUUCUGGCGGCUCGGGCACAUGGGUGUGCUAAUGUGAAUGACAGAUCUUACUACCUUUCCCCAGCCCAGCCAACCCAACAACCCCAGCCGAUUCUCUAUGAUCCAGUGUUGGAGCUCACCUUCCCUUUCGAGUUGACGGGUCCUGACAACAUCCCAGACAAUCAAGAUGAGGUCUACUUCCCUGUGCCGCGAACUCAUAUGCCUGCCAAAAAGUGCUUUCUGAAUGCCAUGGUCAGCCUGUGCAAGGUCUUUCGCUUCCAUGCCAACGAGACGUGCGAGCAAGAUUAUGCUGCGAACACCUUCGGUGCUAUCUGGACCCAGCUGCUGGCAUACGCCGAUGUAGAAGGAUUGGAUAGUCAAUACAUCUGCCAUUCUCUCAGCAGCAAGUAUUGCAGCGCGCCAAAGACCAACCUGGUUGACACGACCAAGCUUUUCCCCAAGCCCAAACUUGCAGAUGUCCAGGUCCCCGAGGCAAGUGGGGAGCGGGUCAAGGUACUACGUCUGUCAGACUUCCAUCUCGAUGCCCGCAAAGGAAAACAAGAUGAGCACCUUGCAUGGACACUCUACACGGGCGAUCUAGUAUCGCAUGAUCCGGCAUCCCAGAUAUCCAAGGCGUUGACCCAGUAUACGGAGACCAGCAUUUACGGCAUGUUGAAACACUAUCUCUCCGGUUCUGUCUUUGUGGCACUUUCAAAUCAUGACACCAGUCCUGCAAACAUCGAUUCUCCCCAUAGCCUCCCUGGGCGUCUGGGGGAACAACAAAUCUGGAAUUAUGAGCACCUGGCUGGACUGUGGCGCCAUGAAGGGUGGAUUAGUCGUGAGGCCGCCGAGGAAGCGAGAACGCAUUAUGGCGGCUACUCUGUCGAGACACGCUACGGACUGUGCAUCACUGCAUUCAACACCGUGACUAGGACGGGACCAACGCACCUCCCCAAUCCGACCGAUCUAUUUUACCAAAUCGUGGACCGCUACUCGGCCCACGUUAUUGCCAACAUCUUCUUGGGACACACACACGAGGACCAGUUCAUGGUUUACUAUGCCAACAACGGGACUGUGCAGAAUGCAGAAAACGCCCUCACCACCGGUUGGAUCAUGCCCAGCAUAACCCCUCUGACAAAUCUCAACAGUGGUUUCCGUUUGUAUGAAGUCGACACGGGCGAUUUCAACAUAUACGAAGCAUACACCUUAUACAGCAAUGUGUCGGAUUACCCGGCUCUGGAUCACACGGGUCCGACCUUUGAGAUUGAAUAUUCCACCCGCAAUGCAUAUGGACUGGCAGCUGGAUAUGGAUCCGUUCAAAGCGCCUUUGAGGAGAACUAG